UUUAUAGAACAAUUUUACAGCAGCCAUCGCAAACGCACCCUUAUUCGCUGUGUUCUGCUUCUCGUGAAGUAGAGAUCUGAACUUGUCCAAGCUCCUCCUCCUCCUCCUCCUCCGAGGUUGUUCCUGUCGGAUCGGAUGCCGCGCCGGGAGCUUGCUACGAAGGAACUGUUGUGGGAGAGAUGGAGAAAUUGGUGAUGGGAUAGUUGUUGAAAGUGGCCAGGGGAUAGUCCGAGAAUUCAAAAUUAUGGGUGAAUUGGUGAAGCCUUUCAUGACCGAGGAUGGAAAGGGAAGUUUGAUUGAAGCAUUGUGAAGCAAAACUCAAAUGUAAAAUGAAGUAGCAAAACUAUUGAGAUGGUUAAAUUGGGUUGAGUUCCAAACUGGCAAUGAAAGAUUCAAAGGGCUGACUGCAAGUGAUUUGGAUGAGUACUUCAGGCAGAUUUUUGACAUCUCUAUGUCGGACUUAGAAAAAACGCAUUGAAAGUAGAGAAAAUGAGCCUACGGAGGAAGCUUCAAGUGUGGAAGAUGGGAAUCGUCAACUACUUAGAUGCACUGAAACUGCAAGAAAAACUUUGUUCUGAUAGGAAAACUAAUAAAAUUCCAGACACAAUUCUAUCUCUUCAACAUCCUCCAACAUAUACUCUUGGAAAGCGACGAACAUAUCAUAAUCUACUGGUUCCUGAAGCUGAACUUAAAACCAUUGGCGCUGAGCUUCAUUAUACUGAGAGGGGUGGCGACAUAACUUUUCAUGGUCCAAGACAAGCUGUAAUAUAUCCCAUAAUCUCUCUCAGGGAUAUAGGAUUAGGCGCACGUAAGUACGUUGAAACUCUUGAAUUAGCUAUGAUUGAAUUGGCUUCUUUGUAUGGUGUAAAGGCUCGACCAGGAAUGAAGGGUGAGACUGGAGUGUGGGUAGGAGAUAAGAAAAUUGGUGCUGUAGGUGUGAAGAUAUCGUUGGGGAUUACCUGCCAUGGAUUAGCCUUUAAUAUUGAUCCAGAUUUGAACUACUUUAAGCAUAUUGUGCCCUGUGGAAUUGUAGAUAAAGGGGUGACUUCCUUGAGAAGGGAGACAAGAUUGGAUCUUCCAGCUGAUGAAGUAAUUCAGGAGGAACUGGUUCAGUGCUUGGCACGGUUGCUUCAAUAUGGUGCAGUCCAGUGGGAGACAAGAUGAUUCAUAUUUGUUAGAAAGUAUUGAAAUAAGAUGACACUCAGUUGUUGAGUUGAUGAGAUUUUGGCUUGAAUCUGCAAUAUUUAGGCACGAAAUUACAGUAUUCAUGUAGCUUAUUAUAGAACAAAAUUUAUAAAUCUGGGACAGACUGAGCUUUGCUUCAGAAACCAACAUGAAUGUCAUUUUCUUCAUAUAAUAUCACUUUUUCUUGCUUUCUA